AUGGAAGAAGUUCAAAGUUCAGUUCCAAAUUUGCUUUUUGAGGGGUCAUUGGAUACAGCGACCAGUUCUGAAAUAUUCAGUGACAUGCCUGAUUUGAAGCAAGAAGGCAUUACAAACAAAUCAGUUACUAGCUCUGAUGUGGGAUACACCUCAUCAAUUGGACAACUUCAUCGCAGCCCCAAAGAUAUUGAAAGCCCAGCUGCUUUUUAUGGCUGUUGUGGCUUCUACAACCUGGGCAACACUUGUUUCAUGAAUGCUGGACUUCAGUGCUUGUUUUGCAAUACUCAUUUGGUGAAAUUUUUUCAUGAGCAAUUUGUUUUAAAUGAUGUAUCCAAAGACACACUAACAGGCAAGUUUUGCCAACUUGUAAGGAAAGUGUGGAGUGGUAAUUUCUCUCUUAUUCAUCCACUUGAUUUUAAAGGAACACUGGGAAUGUAUUACCCACAGUUUCAUGAUUUCAGACAGCAUGACUGCCAAGAAUUUGUGACAUUGCUACUGGAUAGCCUACAUGAAUCUUUGAACAAUGCUCGCAACAAUAACAACAACAAUAAUAAUAAUGCCUUUCAAAAACCAAUGCAAGCAACAAGUAGCAAAAGCGAGCAAAUGGCACACGCUCUUACUCACUCUUCAUCUUUGGACACAAGCAGUAGCAGUUCUAUGAAUGUUAUCACUCAAAAGUCCCACUCUUCUGUGUCUUCAUCCUUAUCUUAUUCUACCAAACAUACCAUAUCUGCAGCAGCUACAACAGAAGCUGUAUAUGAAGAGUUGGUUGCAGCAGCUGCAACAACGACAACAGCAACCAACUCUACUUCUUUAGCCACUCACAAUCAGAACAACAGCCACAUGUUCAGCUUGCAACAUGAGCAACAAGCUGUCAACACUGCCAUGGGAAUUUCCUCUUCUUCCAAACUGAAACUUGCCUCUUAUAACACUGCAUCAGCUAUCUCUAACAAAGUGGAAAUCCAGCCUAAUACAGUGAGGGUGGAAGAGAUAAUGGCUGACCCAGGUUGCACAAUGGAUGAAGAAAAUGAUGAAGAGGAGGAGGAUAUGGCAAUGGAGAAAGAUGACGAUGUAGAUGAUACUCUUUUGGAAGAUGAAGAGGCUGAAGUAAGCAGUGUAGGAGAACGACAUUGCAAGACAUCACUCCUGCAUGAAUCUCCUGGCCCAGAUGCAGACUACACAACAGCUGACAUUGAAGCAGCUGAUCAUUCCUGGGGCUGUCAUUUGAUAAAGAAUAACAGCAUUGUUGUUGAUACAUUCCAUGGGCAGUUUAAAAAUACAGUUGUUUGCUCAGAAUGCUGCCAUGUGUCUGUUACAUACGAACCAUUUAUGUACUUGUCUGUGCCAAUACCUCAUGCAAUGGAACGCCAACUCUGUGUAAUAUUCAUGCCUCAAGUACGUUCUAUGCCCCCAGUGCGUUACCUGUUGAAUCUGAAUAAGAAUGACAAUAUCUACAAGGCAAAGACUGAGCUGCGGGAAGUGGCCAGCCAGCCUGACUGUGAUAUCAUCAUGGUUGAAGUGGUUGACAGUCACAUCACUAGGGUUUUGGAUGAUAAUAUACUGUUACGUUUUGUUAAUGACUCAGCUCGAAAAAUCUAUGCAUUUGAAAUGGCUGCUCCCCCAAGCUCUCUUGACAGCUCCCCAACAGAUAGCAUUGGAGACCUUUCAGCAGUUAGUUCAAGCUUUUCUGCUAAGGAAGACCUAACCACAGUUCAACCAUGCUCAUCCACUUCACCAGACAUCUUCACCAACAUGGACACCUUCACUUUGGAUUCCUUCACCCCACCCAGUACUCCUGCCACAGUGGCAUUGUCAUCUGUCUCAAACACUCCCAUCAACACCUCUUAUACAGCUGGUUUCACAAAUACUGUGACUGCUUCUUCGUGUAAAUUGAAAGCUCCUCUUUCUGCAGACACUGAAACGUCAGUAAUGGAGUCAGUACCACCAAACCCAACAUCUACAGAUGAGACCACUUCAGGGACCAGCAAAUGUUUUUCCUCCUCAUCUGUGUUCCCCGAUUCUGCUAUGAAAGAAGAAUCGGAUUUGUGUGAUUCUUCUGUUGUGUCACAACAGCAGCAGUUGUCAUCUCAUUCCAAAUCUGAGGUGAAUGCUACCAACUCUCCGAACAUGUGGGACUGGCCUCCCCCAGUGACUAGCCCCUCCAGUGUGGCCAUUCCAAUGACAUGGGAGUCAAACUUGGACACAUGUGAUCAACCCCAACAACAGCCCAUUGUCUCUAGUAGCAGUUUGCCCCCCAUGGCUGAACAUUGGCGGUCUUGUGCAAUUUGUCUUGAGGAGUUACUUGACACUGGUCUCAUGGUACAUGCAUCAUGCGGGGGCACUUUUUGUCACAGCUGUCUAGAGAUGUCCCUUAAACAUCACAGUGUUUUUUCUUAUACAUGUCCAGUGUGUCUUGCAUUUGCCAAUCCAUCUGUUGAAUUUGUCCCUUUGGCUGAUCCAGAAAGUAAACGAUUAAGGACAAGGAUCCUUGCUGUACCCAUUGCAUUUCGGUGCCUGAGUAAAACUGACUCUGACCAACUUGUUCUUGUUGGUCAUCCACACAUUCUUUAUCUGCCUAACAAUAUCAGUGGAAAUGUCUUAUACUCUUGUGUUGACCAAGUUGUUCCUGCUCUGCUUGAAUAUACCAUUGUCUACACUACAGAAGAGGGUUUGCAAUGUUCUCGGUGUCCCAGUUUCAACCAGUGUCAUGGCUGCAUUGUCCAACGUAUGGGUCGAAUAACUCUGCAGCCUGGGGACCACUUGACUGUGAUGCUGAACAAUAUUUCAACCAAGCAACUUGAUGAACUCAUGCAGCAGUAUGUCAUUGAUCAUGAUUCAAUGGAGAAUUUACGACCAGACACACCCAUGAGCAUCUAUGAUUGUUUCAGGGCUUUUAUGCAAAGUGAGACCCUUGAUGAACAUAAUCCAUGGUUCUGUCCCAGUUGCUGCAAGAACUGUCGUGCCAAGAAAACAAUGACUGUUUGGAGAUACCCAGAUAACCUAAUUAUCUAUUUGAAAAGGUUUGUCUUUCAUGAGCUAACCAGUACAAAGAUUGAUAAUUUGGUAUCAUUUCCUCUGGAACAUUUGGAUUUAAGUGAAUUUAGUUCUGGACCCAGAACUAAACAUUUGAUUUAUGAUCUUCACAGCAUUGUCUGCCAUUUUGGAGGUUCCAAUUCCGGCCACUAUACUUGUUAUGCUAAGCAUCCCAAAGAAGACGUUUGGUACUACUAUAAUGAUGAGACAGUUUGUCAGCAAGUGCCCAGAGAUGACCAUAUGAGUAGUGCUUAUGUUCUGUUUUAUGUACGACAAGGUACAGAUGUUUCCUUCCAGGUUCCUGACAAAGCCAGCUACCAGUUUCUCGAUAGUGGCUUAAACAACAGCCCAACUUACAAUAACGCAACUACACAAAAGCCACUAAACUCUGGAUAUGCCAAAGGAAUAUAUCUAUAUUCAUCUCAGUGUCUGUCUGUCUCUCUCUCUCUCUGUACAUUUAUAUCAGUAGCCUUCUCUACUUCACUCUUUCACACUCUCUUUGCAUUUCUAUCAUUUUCUCUUUCUCUUUCUCUAUUCACAUCUAUCUUACUAUAUCUCUUUUUUCUCUCUGUCUAA